UUGCUGUGGACGGAGAGACGGGGACGUGAGCGGGCAUUGAGGGCAGCCAGUGUGCCGGUGUGUUCUCCUCCCCCCCCCCCCCAUCCGCUCGGUGUGCGGGCUGAGCUUCGAGGGGCUGAGCUUCGAUGGAGGACCACAUGACGGGGCACAACAAGGAGAAGCGUUAUGAGUGCGACGUGUGUGGCAAGGCCUGGCAGAGCCCGAGCGAGCUGGAGAUCCACCGGCGGGUGCACACGGGCGAACGCCCCUUCGACUGCUCAGAGUGCGGCAAGAGCUUCACCCGCUCCAGCCACCUGCUGCGGCACAACCGCGCACAUUCCGGCGAGAGACCCUUCACCUGCUCCACCUGUGGCAAGAGCUUCAAGACGGCGGAUGUGCUGAAGGUGCACCGGUGGGUGCACACGGGUGAGAGGCCCUUCACCUGCUCCACCUGCGGCAAGAGCUUUGCCAAGUUGUCGGGGCUGCGGGUGCACCGGCGGGUGCACAGCAGUGAGCGGCCCUUCACCUGCACCGACUGCGGCACAGGCUUCAAGUCGUUGCCAGAGCUGAAGCAGCACCGGCAUGUGCACACCGGGGAGCGGCCCUACACCUGCAAUGACUGCGGCAAGGGCUUCACCCGCUCCAGCAACCUGCUGUUGCACCAGCGCACCCACAGUGGCGAGCGCCCCUACACCUGCGCCCAGUGCGGUAAGGGCUUCGCCCAGUCCGGCACCCUGCUGGAGCACCAGCGCACCCACACAGGCGAGCGCCCCUACACCUGCACCCAGUGUUGCAAAGGCUUCACCCGGUCCGGCAGCCUGCUGGCGCACCAGCGCACCCACUCCGGCGAGCGCCCCUUCACCUGCGUCCAGUGCGGCAAGGGCUUCACCCAUUCCAGCAGCCUGAUGAAGCACCAGCGCACCCACACUGGCGAGCGCCCCUACACCUGCACCCAGUGCGGCAAGGGCUUCAGAUCCUCCAGCAACCUGCUGGUGCACCAGCGCACCCACACUGGCGAGCGCCCCUACACCUGCGCUCAGUGCGGCAAGGGCUUCACCCAGUCCGGCACCCUGCUGUUGCACCAGCGCACCCACACUGGCGAGCGCCCCUACACCUGCACCCAGUGCGGCAAGGGCUUAAGCUCCUCCAGCCACCUGCUGAGGCACCAGCCCUGCUGGCACACCGCCACGUAG